AUGGUAGAUCAGUGUUCUGAGUUCCUAGCAUAUGGGGAGCCCGAAGAUACGAUUUACGCCACCUGCCAGCUUCAUACUAUCUCGCUCAUCGACAAAAGUCCACCUUUCUUUGCAGCCCUGUCAUACGUCUGGGGAGACGCCUCGGUCACCAGAACGAUACUAUUGAACGGCCUUAGGCGUAACGUUACCCUGAACCUGGCAGAAGCCUUGAGGCGUCUUUCAUCGAUUGCGCGAGAAGCAGAAUUCGUCGAGGCCGGCGAGUUUCGGGUCUGGGCAGACGCGGUGUGCAUCAACCAGGACAACCUCGACGAAAGAGGCCAGCAGGUCGCGAUGAUGAGCGACUUCAUCCCGCUGGCUAUGGAUACAAUGCGGACCCUGGCCGAGUCUCUUUCCUGGAGCAUAAGAAGGGAAAAUAAAUCCGCGGAAUGGCUGCAGCAGCGACCAGGCCUUCAUGCACACGAUCUGCCACGCGAAGACCGAGCUUUGAUCCCCAAUGCCUGCUGGAAGGCGCUGGAGGAUUUUACGAGACUGCGUUACUGGACUCGUAUGUGGAUCUUCCAGGAAAUCGUCCUUUCCAAGAGGCUAUCCUUCAUAUGUCAAACGGGCUCGCCCAUGGCCAAGGAGCAACUCUGCGACGGCCUGCUCGGUUUGCAGAUGUUGGGCGAGUGGUGGGAGGAGCAAUCCCAGUGUCCACUGUUCUGCCCCCAGUCCAUAUGGCUAAAGUUCAAGCAGUCGGCCCCUGUAAUCGCCAGAUGGGCGCAUGGUCAGAUCAGCCCGCCCAUAUUCUUGGAACACAGACCGGGUGGCGUCGGCGACGAUGAAAGGGCCAGGUUUAUCAGGUGCAUUCACAGUGCCUUUUUAGAUCCGCGCGACUAUUACUACAGCCUGAUGGGCGCCAUUGACCUCCCGCUCCGGCCGAGCUACCAAAGCACCAAGCUGGUCGAGCACGUGUGCGUCGACUUUGCCAGGACCUACAUGGAGCAGACACGCCACACCUACACCGUACUCCAUAUUCUACACGACGCUGCCGGUGCCAGGGAGCAUGAGCGCAACCCGAACAUCCCCUCGUGGGUGCCGGCGCUGCAUCUGGCCUCACGGCGCCGUCUGAGAAAGUUCGUCUACGUCUCGUUCGCCUCAUUCGCCGCACACGGCGUUUUUGACAACCCAAACCGACCCGAGUGGCCCUCGCCUGAGGUACACGGGACGAUCUUGCGGAUGCCCGGCGUGCGCGUGGACUCCCUGAGCCUGUGCCAGAACCAUCUGAACAGGUUUCUCAGUGAACAUGUCCGAGGGUUCCUCGCCAGCCAGGUCCGGCGCCAUGGCCGCCUGUAUCUGAAGAUGGACGGAGCCAUCCCCGUGGAGAGGGCCUUCCUGGCCACGCUGUUGCAAAAUGCUGAUUGCUGCGACCCGGCCCUCGACCCCUCACCCGGGGUGCGUAUAUACGGUGAUAGUUUCCGAGGGUGGCUAGAGCUGAUGGAGGGCUACGCCGCUGGCGAGGCUUUGCCUAGGCUCGAGGAUGGAGACAUGCCUAACGAGCUGCGGUCUAAACUCCUGGUUGAGCUCGAGAAAAAUCAGACGGGCUGCGUUUUCGAGACGCGUCAGGGAUAUUUCGGCACCGGUCCUCCUGACGCCCGUUUGGGAGACGAGCUCUGCAUUCUCCAGGGAUUUGAGCGCCUGGUGCUCCUUCGGCCAAGUGGGGACCAGCACAUCUUUGUGGGCACCUGUUUUGUGCUUGGUCUCAUGCUGGGCGAGGCUAAGCGGUUGGUGGACAGUGGACAUGCGACGCACCGGACCUUCGAGCUAGUGUGA